AUGGCAGAACUGUAUCCAUCUAUUGCCCAGUGCGCCGUCGUGGCCACGGCGCUCAAGGUACUGCUGUUUCCCGCUUAUAAGUCGACCGACUUCGAGGUCCAUCGCAACUGGCUAGCUCUGACCCAUUCCCUCCCCAUCAAGGAGUGGUAUUAUGAAAAAACCUCAGAAUGGACGCUGGACUAUCCGCCCUUUUUUGCCUACUUCGAAUGGCUCAUGUCCCAGGCCGCUGCAUAUGCAGAUGCCGGCCUGCUUAAUGUAAAGAACCUGGGCUACGACAGCUGGCAAACCAUAUAUUUUCAGCGUACCACGGUCAUCAUCACUGAGCUAGUCCUAGUCUAUGCCUUACAUCUCUACGUAAAGACGUCCAAGUCCAAAGUCACUGCUCAUGCCGCUGCACUCUCAGUCUUGUCGUCGCCGGGUCUGCUCAUCAUUGACCAUGUUCAUUUUCAAUACAAUGGCUUCCUCUACGGCAUCCUGGUAUUGUCCAUGGUCCUGGCGCGAAACAAGUCGACGCUGCUCUUAUCUGGUCUUCUGUUCGCUGCUCUACUCUGCUUGAAACACAUCUAUUUGUACCUCGCACCUGCAUACUUUGUCUAUCUUCUCCGUGCCUACUGCUUGGGGCAGCGAUCUUCCUUCCCAUACUUCAACAUCCAGUUCUUCAACUGCGUCAAGUUGGGCGUGGGAAUCAUUGCUGUCUUCACAAGCGCCUUCGGGCCUUUCGCACUGUGGGGUCAACUCGAGCAAGUCAUCAGUCGCCUAUUCCCGUUCUCGAGAGGACUGUGUCAUGCCUACUGGGCACCCAAUGUCUGGGCGUUGUAUUCGUUCGCGGACCGAUUGCUAAUCCAUUUGGCGCCGCGACUCGGGCUGCACAUUGACCCAGAGGCUGUGAAUAGCGUUACCCGUGGACUUGUGGGUGACACAUCGUUCGCUGUGCUCCCAGAUGUAGUCCCUUUGACCUGCUUCAUUCUUACACUCGCCGCACAAAUACCCGUACUUCUGCGAUUGCUAUACACACCCACUUGGGAAGCCUUUAUUGGUGCUGUAACGCUGUGCGGUUAUGCCUCCUUCCUCUUCGGCUGGCAUGUUCAUGAAAAGGCAAUCUUGCUUGUCAUCAUACCCUUCAGUUUGAUCGCACUUAAAGAUCGUCGAUACUUUGGCGCGUUCCGCCCCCUAGCUGUCGCCGGCCACGUAUCGCUCUUUCCACUUCUGUACACGGCAGCCGAGUUUCCCGUGAAAACAGUCUAUACUAUCUUCUGGCUUGUCCUCUUCCUUCUGGCAUUCGAUAGGCUAGUCCCAGCCUCACCCAAGCCUCGCAUAUUCUUGCUUGAUCGCUUCUCACUCAUCUACAUUGCCCUUUCCAUACCACUGAUUGCGUACUGUUCAUUGGUACAUGGGAUUGUGUUUGGCGCCCGAUAUGAAUUCCUACCCCUCAUGUUCACGAGCUCCUAUUCAGCCAUUGGGGUGGUGAGCAGCUGGGUGGGAUUCCUCGUAGUAUAUUUUGACCUGUAG